GGUGUUGUGAAAGAAAUUUUUUGAAUAUCUGAUCAAGUUGGGAUGGAGAACAGUGGAGAAGCAGUAGAUGAUCAGGGCUCGGGAUGGUUCCAAGUGAAAAAGGUGUUCUUUUGUAUUCAAUUUAUUCCAUGAAUGUCAUCAGCAUAAUUCUGAUUUGGCGUUUUCUUUAUUUUUUUUAUUUUUUAUUUUUUAAUAAUUUUCUUCCCUUGUAAAAAAUAUAUAUUUAGCUGUUGUUUGGUUUUCUUAGAAAGCUGGGGGAAAGGAAAAGGAAACAGAAAGAUGAGAUUUCUUAAGGCGUGCAUAUGGUUGAAUAAAUUUAUUUUUUAGCUAGUUUUUUAUGCGAAAUUAUAAUUUUGAUGUACUUUUUCUUUCAAGCAUUGUCCCGGUAACUACCGCAGAUUUCAUUAACCAAAUCAGUGUGAAUGAUUGCGCUUGAUAGUUAUGAAAGUUGGGAAAACACCUCAAGCCAAAUUAGCGAGUGGGACUUGGAUACGAAAGUGGUGACUUCCGCUCGUAACUACGAAUUGCUCAAUUGCAUCUCAAAUUUUUAUUUAUCUGUUGGGCUUUUCGUUUUCAUUUUUAGUGUAAACUUUUUUUUAUAAGUAUUUUUGGUGUGAGAUUUUUAGUUAUGCAUUGAUUUAUUUGAGCUUGAAGCCCUUGACAUUGUCUACGUCAUAGAGGAACAAAAAUGGCCCGGAUGUGAUUUCUUCCUCUACAAAACAGAGGGUUUUGCAAAUGUGGCUUACCCUAAAUAUAGGAGUCUAACUCGAAAUAGAUUGUUGUAUGCACGGAACACAAUCAAACAAUCUUUUUAACCUUGCCGGCAAUGUGUUUGACUCGACUUGUAUUUCCAAGAAGCAUAGAAGUAGUUCAAAGUUCUCUCUACAGAGUUGGGUUGGGGGAUUCUCGGGAAAGAAUGCUUCGGAUUUUUUGCAUACUCAGCCCUUAUUGAAUGAAAAUAAUGGAAAUUCGAGAGGUAAGCGCAGAUCCCAGCUUCCCAAGGCAGGGAGAAAUAAUGCUAUAGGUAGCCAAAGUAGUGUUAUAAAUUCUAUUCCUGUCCUGGAUGAAGACAAAAAAGGCGUUCUCUUUCUUGACAAAUGUGUAGUCCAACAAGAUAAUGAGUCUCCCAAUUUGCUUCCAUCGCCUGUUGCAAAUUUGAAUGGCGGAACUGGAGAUAUUGAGAAAACUAUUCAAAAAGACAAGCUUGAUGUUGUUCACAAAAUCAAGUGGGGUGAUCUAGAGGAUGAUGCUUUACUCCUGCAUCAUGAAAACACCGAUGGAGCAGGUAUAAAGUUUGGUGAUAUUGGAAGUCAUAACCUGGAUGCCUGUAGGAAGAAUGUGAAUAAUAAUUAUUUGGUUUCCUCUGUUGCUUCUUGUGCUAACCCCCAACACAACAACUUGGUGGCAACUGCAGAUGCAGAUAUAUGUGGAAAUGAGGUUUCUGAAAAGAACUGUAUAUCUGUAGAAGAUGCAGAAGUACCGAUUGGGAAUGAUCAAAAGCUUGAUCCAAAUGAUGAAGUAUCGAACUGCAAGGAUAUACACACUGAAGACGUGAAAUCUGUAAAUGGUGAUCUUUCUAGUACUGGAUUUUCAUGUGCUGAAGCGGUGGGUAUAGAGUUCAAACUUCAGGCACCUGACAUUACACCUGACGCAGAUGACACAGAUAGUUCUGAAAUACCGGUGACAAGCGGUGGUUCAAGCACAGCAGCGAUUGACCAAAAUGUUGAGUUAUUUCCCCCCAAAAAGAGUGGAUCUGAAAUAUCAGGAGACUCUACUGUCACAGACCCUAUUGAAGAUCAAGGGGCUCCAUCGGAAGAUACAAUACAUGAUGAUAGUUCAAGCAUUCAGAUUGGGAAUUCCCUUGGAGAAGGUCAAACAGGUGAAAGCAAAGAGAGGUUUAGGCAGCGACUUUGGUGCUUUCUCUUUGAGAAUCUUAAUAGGGCUGUAGAUGAACUUUAUCUUCUGUGUGAACUAGAAUGUGAUGUAGAACAGAUGAAAGAGGCCAUUCUUGUUCUUGAAGAGGCUGCAUCUGAUUUUAAAGAACUAAAUGCUAGAGUGGAGGAGUUUGAGAAUGUGAAGAGGUCCUCUCCUCAGCUAAUUGAUGGGGCACCGAUCACAUUGAAGAGUGACCAUCGCAGGCCACACGCCCUUUCAUGGGAGGUACGAAGAAUGACUACUUCAACACACAAAGCAGAGAUAUUGUCAUCAUCUCUUGAGGCUUUUAAGAAAAUUCAAAAAGAAAGAGCUAGUAUGUGUACGUCUAAUGAUGCAAAAAUCCUGGGGUCUGAGUGUUAUUUUCAGUCUGGUGAUAAUCUGAAUAAAUCAUCUGAGAAAACUGAUGCAACAUCCAAUGCUAAAGAUUCGCAAAUAAAGUCAAGAAGACAGAGUGCAAGUACAGAUUUCAUUCAAGGAAAUAUUACUGGGGAAAAGCGGAAUAUUGAGUCAGGCAGGUCUUGCAAAGUAAACUUAGUACAAAAUGGACGUGUCCCUCCCCAUAACUCAUCCUUUUCCGAAUUUAGUUCCUCUAGACCUCCUCCUAGGGAUAUUUCUGCUGCUUUUACUGCUGGAAAGAGUAAGAGAGAACAACCUGGAUCUGAUGCAGAUAGGUUGCUUUCUAAAAAAGAAAAAUUUUUGGCAGAAAGUGGUGUUGAAAAAAAUUCCAAAUCUACAGAUCAAUUUAAGAGACAAAUUCCUCUUUCAGAGAAAGAAAAGGAGAAGGAAAGGAGGAAUGCAGCUCCUUGGAAAUCCAUGGAUGCUUGGAAAGAGAAAAGGAACUGGGAGGAAAUACUUUCAUCUCCUUUCCGUGUCUCUACACGUGUAUCACAUUCUCCUGGUAUGAGCAGGAAAAGUGCGGAGCGUGCACGUAUAUUGCGGGAUAAACUAAUGUCUCCUGAGAAGAAGAAGAAGAAAGCUGCUAUCGAUCUGAAAAAAGAAGCAGAAGAAAAGCAUGCCCGGGCAAUGAGAAUUAGAAGUGAGCUGGAGAAUGAGAGAGUUCAAAAACUUCAGCGUAACUCAGAAAAAUUAAAUCGGGUAAAUGAAUGGCAAGCUGUUCGCAAUAUGAAGUUAAGAGAGGGAAUGUAUGCUCGCCAACAACGUGGUGAAUCUCGGCAUGAAGCUUUUCUAGCUCAAGUUGUGAAGAGAGCUGGUGAUGAAAGCAGUAAAGUUAACGAGGUUCGUUUUAUUACUUCCUUAAAUGAAGAAAACAAAAAGCUUAUAUUGCGCCAGAAACUUCAUGAUUCAGAGUUGAGGAGAGCUGAAAAACUUCAAGUUAUAAAAACUAAACAAAAAGAGGAUAUGGCUAGAGAAGAGGCUGUGUUAGAACGCAGGAAACUCAUUGAAGCUGAGAAAUUACAACGCCUUGCUGAAACACAGCGGAAGAAAGAAGAGGCUCAAAUUAGAAGAGAAGAGGAGCGCAAAGCAUCCAGUGCAGCACGUGAAGCAAGGGCCAUGGAACAACUUCGGAGGAAGGAGGAAAGAGUGAAAGCCCAGCAAGAGGAAGCUGAACUUCUGGCGCAGAAACUAGCAGAGCGACUUAGUGAAAGUGAACAACGUCGCAAGUUUUACCUGGAGCAAAUCCGAGAGAGAGCUUCUAUGGAUUUCAGGGAUCAACCUUCACCUUUGUCGCGCCGAUCUGUAAUCAAGGAUGGGCUGGGUAGAGUUAAUGAAGACUAUCAAGCAAACAUCAUUACAGGCUUAGGAGGUUCUGCUCUUGCAAUGGGAAAUGUUACAAUGCAACAUUCUUUGAAGCGAAGAAUUAAAAGAAUUAGACAAAGGCUUAUGGCUCUUAAAUAUGAAUUUUCUGAGCCUCCUGUUGGUGCUGAAAAUGCUGGUAUUGGUUAUAGAACGGCUGUGGGAACUGCAAGAAUGAAAAUUGGGAGGUGGCUUCAAGAACUUCAAAGACUUCGGCAAGCUAGAAAAGAAGGAGCUGCAAGUAUAGGGUUAAUAAUUGCAGAAAUGAUCAAGUAUUUGGAGGGAAAAGACCCUGAGCUGCAAGCUUCUCGGCAAGCUGGUUUACUUGAUUUUAUUGCUUCUGCCUUGCCUGCUUCUCAUACAUCAAAACCUGAAGCUUGCCAGGUGACAAUACACCUUUUGAAGCUUCUCAGGGUGGUUCUAUCUGUGGCUGCAAACAGGAGCUAUUUUCUUGCACAGAACCUUUUACCCCCAAUCAUCCCAAUGCUAUCAGCUGCGCUUGAGAACUAUAUAAAGAUUGCAGCCUCUUUAAAUGUGCCGGGUAAUAGUAACUUUCCAUCGAGUAAAACAUCAACUGAAAAUUUUGAAUCGAUCUCUGAAGUACUAGAUGGUUUUUUAUGGACUGUUACGACAAUACUUGGACAUAUAAGCAGUGAUGAAAGACAACUCCAAAUGCGGGAUGGUUUGUUGGAGCUACUGGUUGCCUACCAAGUUAUUCACCGGCUGCGGGAUCUCUUUGCACUUUAUGAUCGGCCACAGGUGGAAGGCUCACCUUUUCCUUCUUCUAUUCUCUUAAGCAUCUAUAUGUUGGUGGUUUUAACAUCCCGACCUCAGACUGAUAGUUCCAUUGACUGGGAAUCUUGUCUUAGUGAAGUGGUUUUAGGAAAUAAGAGUGAUGAGGCUACACUUUUAGACUCUGUUGAUUCUGGAUAUUUUUCUGUAACUAACUUUUGUGGGGAUUAUAGGCCUCCAUUAUCAGUGCUAAAUGGUAGCACGGUUGUAUAUCUUCCAGAUGUACCAGAGGAUAGACCAUUAGAUGAAUUGUCUGAGAUAACUAAAAAAAAUGUGUCAGUAUCCAUGGGCAAGGACGCUGAAAAGGAGCAGAAUGACAGUUCAGUUGAGGUGUAUAAGACCAACACUGACAAGACAGAUGCUCCAGAUGAACCUCAAAUUCAUGAGAUUGUGGAGCCUUUUGCAGGUCUUAAGGAUGAGAAACACUCGGUCACUGCAGAACAAAAGAGUGAAAACGUUUUGAGAUUGGAUCAACCAUUGUCUUUUCUUCUUUCUGCAAUAUCCGAAACGGGUCUUGUCAGUCUCCCUUCUUUGUUAACAGCUGUGCUACUGCAGGCCAACAAUAGAUUGUCCAACGAACAGGCCUCAUAUGUCCUUCCGUCUAAUUUUGAAGAAGUGGCAACUGGUGUGCUGAAGGUACUGAACAAUUUGGCUAUUUUGGACCUCAAAUUUAUGCAAAGAAUGCUGGCAAGGUCAGACCUGAAGAUGGAAUUCUUCCAUUUGACGAGUUUCCUUCUCUCCCAUUGCACCAGCAAGUGGAAAGUAGCCAAUGAUCAGGUUGGUUUGCUUCUACUUGAAUCUCUAUUGCUUCUUAGUCACUUUGCAUUGUUCCACCCCGAGAAUCAAGCUGUCUUGCGAUGGGGAAAGAGUCCUACUGUCCUUCACAAGGUGUGCGAUCUUCCUUUUGUGUUCUUCAGCGACCCCGAUUUAAUGCCUGUCUUGGCUGGAACACUUGUUGCUGCCUGUUACGGGUCUGAGCAGAACAAGGGUGUGGUUCAGCUAGAAAUCAGUAUAGAUAUGCUACUUUCCUUGUUAAGAUCUUGCAGAAAUGUUUUGCCUUCUGUUCAGUCCAAUUUAACUUCAGACAAUUCAAUGGGGGACGAUUCUAGUGAAAUUAAUCUGCCGGGUCCUGAAUGUAAAAAACCUCAAGUGGAGAGUCCCCUAAGGUUUAGCCGCAACAAUGCCAGGAGUGCUAGAGCUUACCUCGGAAAAGCUGGUGGUUUGGUAAACAGCAUUAGAAAUGGCAAGAUGAGGAACCAAAGAGAUGGGAAAACAACGAAGGCGAGUGAAGAAAUGGCUCUAAAGCAAAACCUACCUGCUUCAGAAACUAACACUGUUAUGCUGUACAGUAGAUUCCCUAGUAGCUUCAUUGAUAGAGCAGAGCGUUUCUUUUCAGCUGGCAGCCUCAAUGAGGGUGAUGAAGCAUGAGUUCACCUGCGAUCGAGCUCUAUUUUUCUGACGGACAUGUUCUUCUGUGCGCACCCAAAAUUUUCUGAGGCCUGUUUAGAUAUUAUUCUAAUCUGAAUUUCUCACAGGACUCUGGAGCUUCCACUGAAGCUGAUUGAGGCAGGAAGCACAUUUCACGUUGAGAUUUAAAAUUUUCCCAACAGCCGGGGUGGACAAAUUUGCUGUCAGACCGAACGCAAGAUGCUAGUUGGCAUUUUCCUUCAUCUACAGGUUUUCUAAAUCUGAUAUUUACAGCUUUAUCUUGAAACAAAUAGGAUGCACGAUGGCGAAUGUCAAGACAGGACAGGACAACCGGACAACCCUAUCUCCUUGAGUAGCAAGGAAUGCUCAGUUUACAGAUACUUCUAUCAAAAUAUUAAUUACAACUAUUUGUACAGCUGAAAUACAGGUGGAUUGGUUGGAUGACACCUGAACUGGAUUCUGCUUGCAGAUGCUUCACACUACAGGAAUCAUCCUCCAGAGAAGCCACAAGGGAACUGCUAAAAGAUGAUAGACUAAAAUGGCAAAAUUUCUCUAAAAAAUUUAGUCAUAACUGUUCAAACAUUGUACAAAACUCAUCUAGCAUGAAUGGGAGCAUAUUCAAACUAGAUGCUGCUAGCAAGUUGCUUUUACAACGUACGAAUCUUCUUACUUA